UCCAACAGAAUUCCGAUGCAUUGAGGUUUGACGUUGUAAGAGACUCAUCUAGGAAGCACGCCAUCGGCGUUUCGACGUAAUCUUAUCAUCCAUGGCUCACAUUUCUUUAUCUAAGCCUCACUACAGCCGUAUCCGGGUUCUUUCCAGUUCUUCAAUUUCGUGCCCAACCGCCCUCAAUUCGCUUAAUUUCUUCAGCUCUACUCAAGAACUGAUCCCCACAGCUACUCAAAAUCAAUGCCCCAGUGAUCAAUCCGCCAGUUCCGAUGCUGCAGUGGCUGUUAAUGUCGACGUGCAAGUUAAUCGAAGAACCCCUAGAGGUAAGCAUCGAAACCCAGAAAAAAUUGAGGAUAUUAUUUGUAGAAUGAUGGCAAAUCGUGAAUGGACAACUCGUUUACAGAAUUCCAUUCGGUCGUUGGUUCCUCAAUUUGAUCACUCUCUUGUUUGGAAUGUGUUGCAUGCUACUAAGAACUCGGAUCAUGCGCUCAAGUUCUUCCGGUGGGUAGAACGAGCCGGCUUAUUCCGACAUGAUCGCGAUACCCAUUUGAAAAUAAUUGAGAUUCUUGGUCGAGCUUCGAAGCUUAACCAUGCCCGUUGCAUUCUCCUUGAUAUGCCCAAUAAGGGUGUUGAAUGGGAUGAAGAUUUAUUUGUUGUAUUGAUUGACAGUUAUGGUAAAGCUGAGAUAGUUCAGGAAGCUGUGAAAAUAUUUCAAAAGAUGAAGGAAUUGGGCGUUGAGAUAAGUGUUAAAUCUUAUGAUGCUUUGUUUAGGGUGAUUUUGAGGAGAGGGAGGUAUAUGAUGGCGAAGAGGUACUUCAAUGCUAUGUUGAAUGAAGGAAUUGAGCCGACUCGCCAUACCUAUAAUUUGAUGCUUUGGGGUUUCUUUCUGUCGUUGAGGCUCGAGACAGCCAAGAGGUUUUUUGAAGACAUGAAGAGUAGAGGUAUAUCGCCCGAUGUCGUUACGUAUAACACUAUGAUUAACGGGUAUUAUCGGUUCAAGAUGAUGGAGGAGGCAGAGCAAUUCUUUACUGAGAUGAAGGGGAAGAAUAUCGUACCGACAGUGAUAAGCUAUACUACUAUGAUAAAAGGUUACGUUUCGGUUGGCCGAGUUGAUGAUGGAUUGAGAUUGUUUGCAGAGAUGAAGGCUGUUGGUGUGCAGCCAAAUGGUAUUACUUAUUCAACUCUGCUCCCUGGUCUGUGCGAUGCAGAGAAAAUGUCGGAAGCGCGACAAAUUUUGACCGAAAUGGCGAGCAAGUAUAUUUCUCCAAAGGAUAGUUCCAUUUUCAUGAGAUUGUUAUCUUGCCAAUGCAAACAUGGUGAUUUGGAUGCUGCUAUGCACGUUCUGAAAGUGAUGAUUCGGUUAAGCAUUCCGACAGAGGCUGGACAUUACGGUAUUUUGAUCGAGAACUGUUGCAAAGCUGAAAUGUACGAUCGAGCUGUUAAAUUGCUCGACAAUCUCGUCGAAAAGGAAAUCAUAUUGAGGCCACAAAGUAGUCUGGAAAUCGAGCCUAGUGCGUAUAACCCUAUUAUUCAGUAUCUGUGCAACAAUGGACAGACUGGAAAGGCUGAAACCUUUUUCCGGCAGUUGUUGAAGAAGGGUAUUCAAGAUGAGGUUGCGUUAAAUAAUUUGAUUCGUGGCCAUUCCAAAGAAGGUAAUCCUGAAUUGGCUUAUGAAAUGUUGAAAAUCAUGGGUAGGAGAGGCGUGUCGAGGGAUGCCGAGUCUUUUAAGGUGCUUAUCGAGAGCUACUUGAGCAAAGGCGAACCAGCUGAUGCUAAAACAGCUCUGGAUGGCAUGAUUGAAUGUGGGCACUAUCCCGACUCGGCGUUGUUUAGAUCAGUGAUGGAAAGUCUAUUUGCAGACGGGAGGGUGCAGGCCGCGAGCCGAGUAAUGAAUAGUAUGUUGGAUAAACGAAUAACCGAAAACUUAGACUUAGUUGCUAAAAUCUUAGAAGCCCUUUUCAUGAGAGGGCACGUCGAGGAAGCAUUAGGACGAAUCGAUUUGCUAAUGAGCUGCCACUGCCCGCCUGAUUUCCCUAGUCUUUUAUCUGUUCUUUGUGAAAAGGGGAAAACCAUUGCAGCUCUCAAGCUUUUAGAUUUCGGGUUGGAAAGGGAAUGCAACAUAGAGUUCUCGAGUUAUGAGAAAGUACUCGACGCGCUUUUGGGGGCAGGGAAGACAUUGAAUGCGUACUCGAUUCUAUGCAAGAUCAUGGAGAAAGGAGGAGGGGCCAAGGAUUGGAGUAGCUGUGAUAAUCUGAUCAAAAGGCUGAAUCGGGAAGGGAACACAAAGCAAGCUGAUAUUCUCUCAAGAAUGAUGAUCAAUGGCGGAGGAGACAGAAAGGGAAGUAAGAAAUCUUGUGUUGCUGUUUGAUUCAAUAUAACUCAAAUUUUGGAGGGCAACCCAAGUGAGGGCGGCGGCCGGACGCAGGGAUCGCUCCGUUCAGGUCAUGUAAGCCUUGCCCUCUGCAUUCACCAUUGCUUUAUUUCCAAUGAAUCUCAAGCUAUUACCCAUCUGUUAUGAAAUUUGAUAUCUCUGGCCAUUGGUGUUCAUAAUUGUUUGAAUAAUAUGAUUCUGUAGCCCUCACCUAUUCCCACUCAAAUGGGUUCAAGUGAUUCUUUAGUACAAUGUAUUAUGAUGAGCACUAUUUAACACUAUUUUGUUCAUAAAA